GGAAGGGAAGGGAUAAUGAGUAGCAGGCUAGCACAGCGAAGCCAUUAAACUGCGCGUGUGCGUGUGUGAGAGCGAGUCUGAGAGAGAUGGGGUUGGUCUGGUUGGAAGCAAUGUUACCGUUAGGGAUCAUAGCAGGCAUGCUUUGCGUGAUGGGAAAUGCUCAGUAUUUCAUCCACAAGGCCGCCCAUGGCCGACCGAAGCACAUUGGGAAUGACGUUUGGGACGUGGCGAUGGAGAGACGGGACAAGAAGCUCAUGGAGAUUAUCUCUUCUCCUUCCGCUUCUAAUUAGCCACUUUGCCUUGGUGGACUAUAUUAAAGGGCUCACUAUAAAUUUUAUGAUAUCCAAGCAGUGAACUUGUUUACAAACUCUGAAAUUGUAGUUCUUUUUAGCUAUGUGUCGCACUGUUGUUUAACGUCCUGAACAAUGUAUGGAAAAUGUCAUUAGUGAGUUUAAUUAUUGAUGGGCGAAAGUGGUCUAUGACAAAUGCCUAGAUGGUGUCUCAAUUCUAGAAUUUUGUCAUUAACGUUGUAAUCAUAUUUUCAUAUUUCAAUAAUCUCUGCUUGGAUUUCAUUAUCA